AUGUCUUCAUCAUCUUCUUCUUCCGCCGCCAUCGACUCUCCUACCCGCCGCAACCGCAUCCUCUCUACCAACCUCUACUUCGACGUAUCUCCCUCCAAGGUUCCGCUUAUCUACUCCAACUCUUACGACAUAUCAUUUCUCGGCAUAGAGAAACUGCACCCUUUUGAUUCAUCCAAAUGGGGACGCAUUUGUAAUUUCCUUGUCUCUUUUGGUCUUUUGGAUCAAAAUCGCAUUGUUGAGCCUCUUGAAGCUUCUCAAGAUGACCUUCUAGUGGUACACUCAAAAUCAUACUUGAAUAGUCUGAACCAAAGUUCGAAUGUUGCCAAGAUAAUUGAGGUCCCUCCUGUGGCAUUUUUUCCCAAUUGUCUGGUGCAACAUAAAGUUCUUUUUCCAUUUAGGAAACAGGUUGGAGGAACUAUAUUGGCUGCAAAACUUGCAAGGGAGAGGGGAUGGGCCAUUAAUGUGGGAGGCGGUUUUCAUCACUGUUCUGCAGAAAAUGGAGGUGGAUUUUGUGCUUAUGCAGAUAUUUCUCUAUGCAUCCAAUUUGCUUUUGUUCAGUUGAAUAUAUCAAGGGUGAUGAUUAUCGAUCUUGAUGCACAUCAAGGAAAUGGUCAUGAAAUGGACUUCGCCGAUGAUAAUCGAGUCUACAUUCUUGAUAUGUAUAACCCUGGCAUAUAUCCUUUGGAUUAUGAGGCAAGAAACUACAUAAAUCAGAAAGUUGAAGUGAAGAGCGGGACUCGUACAGAAGAGUACCUGCUAAAAUUAGAUGAAGCACUUGAGAUUGCUGGGCGAAGGUUUAACCCCGAGUUGUUAGUUUAUAAUGCUGGAACUGACAUCCUAGAUGGUGACCCAUUAGGAAGGUUGAAGAUUAGUCCUGACGGAAUUGCUCUUAGAGAUGAGAAAGUCUUCCGGUUUGCUCGUGAAAAGAACAUUCCUAUUGUCAUGCUCACUUCAGGCGGAUACAUGAAGUCCAGUGCCAGAGUCAUUGCUGACUCAAUUGUGAAUCUCGAGAACAAAUGCUUGAUAGAAACGAGUGGAGGUCGAAAGGCUGUAUAA